AGAUAGUUGGAGGAUGAGACCAAUAUGGAGAUGAACACUAUCGCUAUUCCAGCACAUGUUAAGAAGUCUUGUAAUUUGAUUUUCAGCUAACCAUCAAUCAUCAUAUAUGAACAUACGUAAAAGAGAUAUCUUCCAGUUUGAAUAUUCUUGCCGCUAAUGCCAACAAUAUGCUUGUUUGUAACCGGAAAAUCUUGCUCCUCAUCGCCUUCAAUUUGACGCAUGCGAGAAAAGAAGAAAAAAAAAAGAGCAGCCCCAAUCCAAGUACGCUCUCUCUAUAUAAAGGGUAGAGGAGUAGAGGUCCAGUAAGUACGGAUCUGCAUAACAUAACAAAUUAAGCAGCAAAAGUUGUCAGUAAACACAAACUUAGGGAAGGAUGGGCCGGUCUGGGAAGGCAAAGAUGGGAUUGAUGAUGCUGUUGCUUACAGUUUCCAUGUUGGUGCCUCAUCAUUGUGUAGGUGCAGCCAUAACAUGCGAACAGGUCACAUUCCUCCUUAUUCCGUGCAUUAACUAUGGGGUUUUUGGAGGGACAGUGGCUCCAAGUUGCUGUACGGGUAUUAAAACUCUGGACGCGGCUGCCAAAACCACCGAAGACCGCAGGAAGAAAUGUAACUGUAUUAAAGAAGGUGCUGCAAAAAUCCCUGGACUCAACUACGACCGUGUUAAUGAGAUCCCUGCAAAAUGUGGAACUACUUGUCCCUACAAGGUCACCCCUGAUGUCGAUUGCUCCAAGGUGAACUGAUCAGACUCAACCUGGCACUGCCAUUGCAAGCGUGUUAUGUAGAGUUUCCUCUACCUAUAUAUACAAUCUCAGUGUAGAAAUUUCUAUCUAUCAAAUUAAUAAGACCAUGUUAUGGUUAUGGUUUGUCAAAUA